GUCAAAGCGACAGGAUCACUCUGCACUGAAAUAACAUAAUUCAUGUGAGUUUAGAAGAUGCAUGUUAAGUUCAUAAAAACUAAGACAAUAGUUGAUGGUGUUGGAUAUAUUUGGUAAAGGAAAGCAUACAAGCUAUAAGAGAAAACAAACCGUUUGCAAUCCGAGUGUUGACACUAGCGGAGUAUGGAAUAAGAAAACUAAGUAAGUCUCAACAGAAAUAAGAAAUUUAAACUGACAGUAAAAAAAUAAUAUACAUAUUAAAAAGGAUAAAUGGAGAGUGGAAAAAAGUUCAGUGAGAAGAGAAUUAAAAUAUUAAAUUUACAAACUUAAGGUGAUUGAAUAUAAGGUUUGAACAACAAUAAUACAAUGAAAUAAGGUCAUGAAAUGACUUGUGAAUAGAAAAGAUAGAUAAAUACAAUACAGUUGGUAAAAUAAGGACGUAAAAAAGGACAUAAGAAAGUAAAUCAAUGAACAAUACAGAACACGUUGCAAGGAAAACAGAGCAAUUCAGCACUUAAAAACGAACGACGAUGUACAAUAUAACUUCUACAAUUAUCCCCUUGGUGACUUUGACAGUUAUGAAACAUGCAAAAGAGAACUAUGAUAGCAACACGUCUAGCAACAGUGAUGCAUGUCAAGGGUAUAGGGAAACAAAGGAGCUUGUCAAGCUUAUAUUGAUUGUUUUUGGAUUUUUAGCAAAUGUUUUCUCAAUUGUGGCUACUUUAAAUGUUCCUCGCGAGCGGUGGUCACAGUACAACACUCUGAUUGUUAACUUGGGAGUAUCUGAUAUCAUGGUGGUACUCUCUUGUGUUAUUCAUGAUAUCCUUAUGCUAAAAAAAUGCCAUCACCAUUGCACUCCUGUUCUGAGACGGAUGUUCCUCAAUAUCGCGCUGACUUCAACAUUGUUCAAUCUUGUCUUGAUGGCUGUAGACCAUUACGUCGCCAUUAUGCAGGCCUUGUACUACGAUCGCUUCUUCUCCAAGCAAAAGGUGAGAAUCAUCAUUGCAGCUUUGUGGGCGACAAGUGUGUUUUGCGGGGUAUUGGAUUUAUUUGUAAGCUUACCAAGCUUUCGGAAAGAAGACACAACAUUCUGUGACCAUGUUAAUACUGUGAAUAGAACAACAUUCAACUACGAACUUGUUAUUGUAAUAUUUAUUUUCAUUGUCCUAGUCGGACUUUUGAUCAUCUACACACGGAUCUGCUACCAAGUAAGGAAACUUGUUCGGGAUGACCGACAUAAUCAGUUAGAAAGUUCGCAUUCCAUGAAAGCCAUUGUCACAACAUUCCUAAUAAUUGGAACAUUUGCACUUUGUUGGUGCCCAAUAGGAUUAUACCAUACCGUUCUGUACAUAUUGAGACCCGACUAUUCCAAAAUGACUAAAGCUGCUCUCGACAGGCUGCGACUAGUCAACUCCAUUUUGUUCCUUUUCAUCAUAUUAAACACAAUAUGCGAUCCUGUUAUUUACGCCGUGAGAAGAUCUGAAGUGAAACUUGGCUAUAUUCGAGUUUACAAUAGACUUCUACGAAAAAGAAGGAGGUCGUCGUUAUAUGAGAACGAAUUGCACUCACACUUCAGACGCAGAAAUGAUUCGCGUGAUACGGGAAAUGCCGAAAAUACGAUUGUUACAAGACUAAGUAUCUCCGACAAGAUUACCUCGACAUGUACUUCACAUUGCACGUCGCCCACUGACAGCAGUGAACACUCCAAAUAUGGGUUUGAAAAGGAAAUUUUUUCGGAUCGUUAACCUAUGGCAAUUAUGUAAUUUUUUAAGAAUUAUUGUUUACUGAAUGAGAGUGGAAGUAUGAAAACGUAUCAUAUUUGAGUUCGUAUUACUAUCAUAAUAACAUAAUAUUUUCAAUGAAAUCAGAAUAUUGUUUGUCCUUAAAUGACGAGUAUUUGGGGGCGUGUGAAAAUAUUUUAAUACUAGGUUACAGCAAGAAAGAAACACACGUUUAUAUGCAUGGUGAUGUUUUUCUAAACUUAUGGGUAUUUUAUUUGGCGGGCAUGUACAUGUGUUAACCGAAACUGCACCAACAUUAUGUCUUCGUCUGUCAUUUCUAAUAAAUGCGUCGAUGUUUUGUCAUAACUUAUAUGUCGUUGUCAACGGUGGCGUUUUCAUCUGUUUGGUAGUUGCUGGUGUGCAAAACCGCUCAACUUGAUCUUUGAAAUGAACUUACAAGAUAUUCAAAUGAAUGUGUGUACACACUCAACACACAUGCAGAGCAGAAACUAUAGUUCUUGCUUUUAUGUAUGUCGAUAAAUGCCCUUUCCUCCAUAUAACAGAGAAACGUCAACGAUCGCCAAUCAUCGCUUAACUAUCAUAAGGCGAGUAUGAUUAAACAAAAGUGUCGAUAAAAGUGUGAGGAAGGCUUCUGUCUAAUUGAAAAAACAACAUUAUAUUCAAUUGGACAUUUACACAGAAUUACAUUUGAUAAAUACAAUGCCAGACCUGUGUAGCAUUACACAAUUUACACGUUAAGUCAAUGGUCAAAUAAGGUGUUGUUGCUAACUAAACAGAUCGUUGCUUAAAGUUUGCUCGGGUGCUUUUAUAAAAAGAUUAGAGUCUAUAUAGCAUGCAAUACAAAACUAAACAUGAUUUUAUUUUACUUCUAAUCAUUGUUAAACGAUAGAAAAAAAAAUAUAAUAUAGUAUUAUGCUUUGUCUGUCAAAGUAGGCCAUUAUAAAUUUCAAACCCAGCACAAACAACAUAUGCUAAUUUUGACAUAUCUUUAUAAAUUAUUAGAUUUAUCAAACAAACAGAUGCAUUAAUUUGAGAAAUAGUGUAACGCCGACAGUAAAACAAUGCAAGACAAACACCUUACACAAGAAACAUAUAGUUGCAUUACUAUAUUUAAAAUUCGGAAACAACAGUAUCGAAUUAUAAAUAAACAUUAUGUUUUUCGAACACUGAAUGCCUGGCUUUACCAACACACUUUUGCAAAAGAGCUUAUUAUUAUUUUUAACAACGAUAUUAAAUCCAUUAUAUUCAAAAGGAAACUUGUAUACACCGUUAUGCCAACAUAUCGUUUUGCACAUGAUGUUGCUAACGUUAUAUAUACAGAUGAUAGUUUAAUUAAACAGUUCAAAUGGAAAUAUGCUGUGUACCCUCAACCUAAUAAUAUAAGACAUAAGAACGUCUGAUGUAUAGGAAUUUGAGACAAUUAUACAAAUAAUAAAAUCAAUAUUAUGUUUCUUGGUGUUAUAUCAAAAUGUACGAGAUACUUUUUUGUUAUAAAGAAUUUAGAACAAUGUAUAUUAUUGUUCUAAAACACCAGUUUAAAUAGCAAUUUGUAUACUGGCACACGUCUUUUUAUUAUGUUCUUUGCGUAGGCCGUGCCUCAAAACUCAAAUUAUAAUGCACAUUUUGUAUACUUUAUAGAAUAUGUUUGCUGAUAAUUCUGGCUCAAAUUUAAGCUUUUACGUUAUUGUCAUGACAUUGUCGUUUUUUUCUGCUUGUCCAAUUUAUAUUAUUGCUCAUUCUCAGAGCUGAGAAGAUGUGUUAAAACAUGCUUGUCAAUACAUUUUGAAUGAGUUAUGCUUUGAACAAUUUUAACGAUCUAUAUGUGUGCGUGAUGUACUCUUCAUCAGUUAUAUAUUAAACAUUCAAUAACAGGCUUACACAUUAACAAGAUACAAUAUGAAGGUAUUUGGGUUUUGUAAGUUUGUACUAUUUGUCGUAGAUGUGGUAUUAGGUUUGUGAAUUGCCUUUUCUUUAGUCACUAAUUGUUCAAAUGCAACAAAGGUGUGCAUUUUGUGUCCACCAUUACAUGUAAAAACGCUCGUAUGAAUGUUUUCUAUAUAAAAAGAAAACAAAAUACUUAGAAAGAUGUUCAUUUCCUUGUGCCUUCACACACUUGUGAUUAUAUCAGAUUGAUCAUUGCUUUGCUGAUAUAGGAUUUAGAAAUCAAAUCGCGGAAUAUGCAUUUUUUGCAAUUUAUUUCAUGUGUUAUUGUUUGAUAUUACCUAUUUCAACUGACAUUUUGUAUUU